AUUCUGAGAUUAAAGUGAAAUAAAUAAUUCUGGAAAAAAAGAAAAAAAAGACGUGCCCACUUUUUUUUUUUCCCCAGUGGCCCUAAUCCUCUUCCAUACUUCUACAUGUCGCAUCCUUUGUGUGUCAUUUAGUGUUUUUAAAAGACCCGAAAUUCUGCAAGAUUUUUUAUUUUUUUAAAUUCCACCUGUGCGUUGGCAUUAUUUCCCUUUAUUUUGAAUUUGAUGAAACAGAAUCUCAUGAGGCGUUCGUUGACUUUUCUUGAAAAAGAUUUUGUUUCUCGGUGAGACAGGCCAAACCGAACACACAGGACAUCUGGGAAAAUAAUAUGCUGCUACUUUUUUUUUUAACACUAACAUCCAUUUUAAUGGUGAAAUAGCUACUCUAUCUUUUUAUUUCAUUGGGUACCAAGUAUAAAUGUGCAUGUGGAGGUGCUGAUGCAGGUUGUGAUCAGCUUUUCUUUAAUUUAUUGUGUUUUGAGGUUGAAUGAAGUUGCAGCCACACAGUGUUAAAAGCUUUUGCCAAGACUUGAUAUUCACUGUUUUCCUUUGUAAUGUGUUGCUAAUUUGUUUUUUGGUUGUUGCUUUUUUUUUCUUUUUUUUUUUAAUAAAAUGGUAAGUAGUCAUUUUACAGCUCUGUAAUAUCUGUAGCAGUUUUCUGUAAUGUUGCCAGAAACUGUAAAAACUGUAAAAAUGUGCAUUAUUCUUAGGAGUGCAUUGUAAAAUCAUCUACCUGUGACCCAGCUUUCCAAGUAACAUAUUUGCACAUACUAGCCAUUCUCUCUCAACUCUUAGCAGUAGAGAAACUGCCUGCCACCCUGCAAAACGUCUAACAUUUCUUUCCCAUUACACCACUUUCACCUUCUGCAACAAGCUGAGACGUCCUCAGCUCGUCGAAGCCAUAGCCGUGUUCGUCAUGCUCGUACGUGUGGGAUUUCGUCCCGGCUGUGAGUCACUUUUCUACAGAAUUUCUUAGAUGCAUUUCGUAAUGACCCAUAGUUUGUUUCUGGUUUUUUAUUAAUAGGUAAAUAGUGUCUGCAUGUCAGAUAAGGCGAGGUUUUAUGAUAAACUAACAGUUAAGUAGUGUUUGGUUUGUGCAAUAGUACUGAGCUUAAAUUAGCUUCCAUGCAGUAGGGUUUAGUGGUUAGUGAGUCGUGCAGUCACCUGCAGAGCUCGGCGAUGACAGCGAAAACAGGUUUCACGCUGAAUGUUUGCUCUGGGUAGAGAAAUCUCUCUUGUACUUUACACACUGCCAUCCGUCCAUCCGUGUAUCACCCAGUCUGCUGUACAUGUGUGAUCUGAAGAGCGAGGGAGGGGAAACAAAAAACCAAGAGCAGAGGGCCUCAUUCCUCAUCAGGUUCCAUGUCUUUUACACUCAAGAUUGUGUUUUCUAACAAAACUAUUUUUUACAAACAGCUCUGAUAAAGAUUGAUGGUACUUGCUGUGUUUCUUAGUGUCACUUCCAGUCACAGUUACAGUCAUUUGUGUUCAUGGACACCAAAGACAAUCGCUGAUACCUGAAACUCACAAUGUCUGUUUAAGCAAUCGUAGACAGUUUGAUGGUACACGGUCUGAACACUGUAAUGAACCUUAUCCACGAAUCGUGCUUCUUUAGUCAACGUUUCAAGCCCACAAAACGGUGCCAGUUAGAGUUUUUGUUUUUUAAUGAUUUAAAAAUUUUAAGGCUCAGCCUAAUUAACGAAAAGGGAGCUUCUAAGUAAGAACUUGGCAUUAAUAAAUUUGUCUAAUUAGGGAUUGCAGUCUGUACUCGCGGUGAAUUUUUUAAUUUUAUUUGAUCUUUUUUAGUUCAUUUGUAAGUAUACAAAAACCAAUGUGAUGAAGUUUGUAAUGUGGCGUUUUUAUAAGGGGAUUAUUUCCUACCAGGGCCUUUGACGUCUUCCUUGAAAGACUGUAAGCAGAAGUUAAUUUAGAGCAGUGAUUAUAUGAAAAAACACAUGUUGCACACAGAUAAAUGAAAGGGAGUCUGGCAAAUAUAAUCAAGGCUUCAUGGUGACUGUGAUGGAUUUACUUAGCUUUAUGGAAGUUGCUUUUCAUACUCUGCUGGUUUUUAAAGAAAAAAAAAAUAUAUAUAUAUAUACAUGAGCACUCCAAUUGUUCACAUAACAGGGGUCAUGGACGGAGGCACAGGCCUUUUUUUUUCUCUUAUUCUUUUUGAUUUCGGGAAAUUGAUUUUGACGCUUUCUGCGGUUCAGCAGCUACCACGGCUAGAUGCACAACAUGUUUUUGUUCCUCUAGUGGCCACGGAGUAAUCAUGCUGUAACAAAUCUGAAAAAAAAAGUUCAUGCUUAAUUUGUUUAGCACAAUGAACGAUGGCCUUCCAAAACGAGUGAGCUCUUUGUGAACGAGCAUCUCAGCCAGUGUGAGCUGCAGCGUCUCAUCUCAGCUCUGCUCAGACUCCAAACCUGCUUCCUUGGCCUGGUAUUGUUGUUCUCAGACUCUGUUAACUGACAAAUAAAAAAAAAAGGAGGAGUUGUAAACCCAAAGCUAAGCUCCAUAAGAUUAUGUUUGACAGUUUUUGUUUGUUUUUACCUUUUUUUUUUCUGCUGUUUUAAACAUUUUCUUGAACACUAAAAUUGAUCUGACAAUUAAGUAAAAAAAAAACUUUAAAAAUAAAUUUCACUAAAAUUGUUCUUUGAAAUUUUUUCCGUGUUUUUGCUUAAUUUAGAGCUUGUAAUGUCUUUUGGGGUUUUUUUUUUUUUUUGUGUGAAUGCAAACAGUAAUCCAAAAUGUUGAACUGCCACUCCUGUUUUUACAUUGCGAGCUGCAGCACCACCCUCCACCAGAAAGUGGAGGGGUGGGACAGUAAACAUCUCAAGGACUCAUUUUCCGCUUCGAAAUGUCCAAUCUGUGCCGUGUUUGAUAUUGAUAUUUUUUGUUAUGAUCUUGUUUCUUUCAAAGGCUUUGACCUUUCACCUCUGACAUUUUCCCCUCUGUGAUCUAUGCAAAACAUGCUCUGGUGUCUCUGGGUUGAAGCUGAGAGAUGGUAUGGAUUGAUUUUGAUGUGUAAAUACUGUUCAUACAUAUAUAUAUAUAUAUAUAUAUAUAUAUAUAUAUAUAUAUAUAUAUAUAUAUAUAUAUAUAUAUAUAUAUAUAUAAAAAAAACAAAAAAACAACGAUAAGCAAGUGGGAGACGUAUGUGAAAUGAUUAACGCAACAGAAUGAAAAUCAUCUGAAAAUCAUGUCAUGGUGAAUGUUGUCAGAAAUAUUUUUCUAUAUUUUGAAAUCAUUAGAGAAAAAGAGGACACAACUUGCAAAGUGGGAAAAGCUGUCAGAAGAACACUACAAAGGGAAUGUUUUUAUUAAUUUAUAAAUUUUUUUUGCCUAGCAAUACAACACUUGUCCUGGUGUCUUUUCUUUGGUUUUCUUUGAACGUCGUUGAAAAGGGACUCCACCAGAGGAGAUUAAAAAUAUCCUCGUUUUCUCAUACUGCCUGUUGAAUCAUACAAGAUGUUGGCUCGUGCUCCAGAAGAGGCAGCACCCAGUACUUGUGAGCACCAGCUCAUCCUUCUGCUUGAGUAAUGAGUUCAAAAACUAUAAACAUACAAAGUAACAUCAUUUCCUGUCCUUUUAAAAUCCAUCCGUACUUGUGGAAACAUGCAGAUGAAUUCAUGGGCAUACUGUGCCUGAGACAGACAACCCCUUAAGAUAGAAAUUGUGUGAGAUGAGACAUCAGCUUGUCAUGAAAGUAGAAUGAAAUAUUGGAACAGAGUGUUAAAUCUGAUGCCUUGGUAUGGCACUCUACUCUGCAAAAGUCUCAAGCCAUUCCUCUUUUCUUUAUCUUUUGUAAGGGAAAUGGGGGCAACGAUUAAUUGAAACGUACAUAUAGUAGAUGGGGAAAAAUCCAUUUGUACAAUUCUUUUUUUCUUUUUUCUCUCCAGGUAUGUUUUUACUCCACUGGCAGUGUGUUUGGGAUCAUUGUCAUGCUGAAAAUAAUGCUAUUUGGAAAGCUGUUAACGUUGGAUCAAAAUCAGUACUUUUCUGUGUUUAUAAUUCAUCUAUUCUGACAAGAUCUCCAACACCACUGGCUGAUAUGGAGCCUCAAACCACGACAGAGCCUCCAGUGUGUUUUAGAGGGCUUUAGAAGCUCACUGUCUGCCGACCUCCUGACCACCUCUGUACAUAUUGACGACGAUUUAAACGAAAGAUUUGCUCCAUCGCUCCACCAAACUCGUUGAAUGCUUAGUAAGUGGAUCAACUAAAGGGCCAGAUGUAGCUCUUAGGUCCUAUGUUAGGUUUUUACCAUUUUUUUAUGUGCCCCCCCAAUUUACUGUUCAUCUGCAGAUAGUUUUCAGGCCUGACACUUCUUCUUUUAACCUCAGUUUUCUUACGUUUUUUUGAAGGACACACUGCACACUAUGGCAAGAUUUCCCAAUUUUUUUAUCUCGUAGCUCUUUGGAAAGGACCGUGUUGAUUCAAAAUACUAAUUAAUGGCUGUCAAACUGUGUUUCUGCAUUUUUAUUUUUUUUUUUAUUAUUUGUAAAAAUGGGAACAAAUGAUGUUUUGUGACAAGCUGCCAGGACAAAAUUGCCUAAAGAUACGAUUUUAAAAUUGGUUCAUUGUCUGUUAUGAAAAGACACAACAGUGGUUCAUCCCUUGAGUUAAGCGUGAAUGAAUCAUAGGUCAGUGACUUUAUAAUAAAAAACCAAACACAAAGAAAAAAAAAUGCGCUCCUCUGAAAAUUGUAAGGUACGAGGGCUGGUCUGAAAAUACAAAUUGCAACAAAUGCUGACUUCUUUGGAAGCACAAUACAAAGACCUGAAGGGUGACUCAAGACUUUUGCACAGUAUUGUAAUUUGGUGAAAGGAGGAGGCAGCUACUAGAAGCCCCCUGCAGCUUUCCAAAAAAAUGUGAUGGAUACUUUUGUUUUUGAGGCUGACUCAGACAGUAAUUAGUUGCCUAAAACAGCCAUUUUACUCACUGCAUUUCCUGUUCAUCUGUGUGAAUGGUUUUAGAACAUUGGUUCUAAUUGUCCUUUUUUUGCUCAUCCAGUGUUCCUGUGGUGUUUCAACCAGUAACACCAACAGUCAUUUUUCCACGAGGAAAAACCACAAAAGUUAAAAAUUAGCUAAAUAAGGUGGUUUCUGGUUUGAACCUUCUGGUCAUGUUCUUCCUGUGCCCGUGUGGACAUCUCCGGGUAAUCGGGCUUCCUCCCACAGUCCAAAGACAUGACUGUUGGGUUAACUGGCGUGCAUGUAAAGGUGUGUCUCACUGUGUUGUCCCUGUGCUAGGUUAGCCUUCGUCCACUGGUCAGAAAAGACGUUUGGAGACAUUACAACACAGUGUUUGAACUUGAUUGAUCAACUAAUAAUAAUAUUUGUCCCCAAUCAGCAUAGAGAGUAUAAAUGGCUUGUGUUGACCCUAGAAAUCAAUGUUUCAUGUAGAUAGCUAAGUAAAUCUCUAGAAUUAACGACAGCUUGAAGACUUCCAUGGGUUUUCAUCAUAAAGCUACAUGACUUAUGUGUUGGUCCUUGAAGCAACGUACUGUAUGGUUUGAGUUAAUAGAUUUACUCUGACUCUCUGCAUUUUCUAAAACACACAUCUUCGGUUCAAGUAAAGUAUAAAGUACACAGCUAGAACACCAAGACAAAUGUCAAAUGUGGAUCCACACAAUUUGAAGUCUGCACAAAGAGGGAACUGGAGUUGGCUUGGCUGUGUCCUAGCAACAGCAAACAAGAGGGAAAAUGGCACAGAGGGAGGGCUGGAGGCUGAUUGUAUGAGGAAAGGAGUACGGGGAUGUAGUAGAGAAGAGUGGAGCAGAGCCGGUACCUGACUACAGGAACUAAAUACUGGAAAAGUACAAAUCCAUCAAUCCAUAAUGUUGGGAUCAUCUUUGGGCAGCACUCCCACCUCUCCAAUCCCAGGCCACUGUCCAAGCCCUGAUUGCCAGUCAGAUGGUCAUUCUUCUGUUGUUCUCCUGCAUCAGUACCCUCCAUGCUGGGUAACCCAGGCACAGUGUGACCUUGCCCAGGCAGAGGCAGAGCUGCGCAGGCUGCAGGAGCAUCAUGAAACUGAGACUGAAUCUGUAAAGCGUGGUGUAGAGCGAGCUAUUCUGGGAGCACGCAGAGAAGAGCAGCGCCUGCUGGAGAGGGUGGAGCAGGACCAUCGGGACACUCAGCAGCGUCUAGACCAGAUCCAGCGGGAGAACGUGGCAGCAGCCCGGGUCAGCCAGUCCCUGUUGGACCAGCGGCUUUGUAAAUUGGCAGAACUGAAAAAGCAGAUUCAGGAAUUGGGUCAAUCAGUUGUAAAGGACAAUGGGCCAAGCCAGAACCCACUGCUGAAGGAGAUUUCAGAGUUCCUACAACCAUGGGAAAUCUCAGUUUCUCUAAAGAAAGUGAACUUCAAACCCAGCUCACAACCGAAUGCUGUCACCUUUGGAGAUAUUCGUGUUCAAGAACAAAGCCUUUGCCUGCAUGCUGGAGGUUGUGGGCCACAAGGACAGCCAUGUGCUCUUCAUUCACAAGAGAUGCUCUGUGAAGACACAAACUAUCAAGGUUCUGGAAAAGAGAAGAGCACCCAAGGACAGGGACUUAUUUCACCAACUGGCAGGGUUGUUAGAAAGAUCAGCCUUUCUAACCGGGGUGAUCUAGAAUCAGAGGGAAAAAAGCACUCUUCUGCAAAGAUAUGUCACUGCGAACAGGCCGACUGGGAAUCAUCUCAGGAAGAUGAGGUAGAAUCAGUUUCCUUCCAGCCACAAGGUGAGGACGUAUUUUUGGCUGUACCAACAGUUCUUAAAAAAUUGGACACGGAAGACGAGGACAAGAUGUACAAGAUAAACAAGAAUGGGAAACCUUACUCACCAAGGAAUACGAGGAAAUGGCUAACUGUGGCCUCCAGUAGGAAGCCAAACCUUUUACCUGAACAAAAACAGCAGCAUAUAAAGCUUAGUCAGUGCUUAAGUUUAGACGGUCAAGAUGGAGAUAAGGGAAGAGUUGGUCAAGAUUCCAAUUAUAGACUUUUAAGAUACUGCAACAGUUCCCUAACAUCUCAAAGAGAACCUUCAGCCAGCCAAAGCUGCCUAGACCUCACCUCCAGGGGUCGACCACCCUCUUGCCUCAGCCAGUCUUCUGAUGAACACUCUCUAGGGACGCUCGGUGACUCUGGCCGAGCACCGUCACCAACAGACAGCCUUGAUUCUAGCUAUACUUUCAUCGUUAGCCCAUCUCAUGACUACAGUAUGAACAGAGGCUCUUUGAAUUACAGUUGCCGUUUAUCAAAGUCUGCAGUGGACUUGACUCACAAGACGCGCCCAUUGAUUACUAGUGGGCCAAUUGAGCAAGGAGUAUGGGGGAUUAGGGGCAGCAACUUCAAGACGAGCUUCACCUCAACCUCGCCGACUCUCAGAAGGAAAUUGAAAGCCUCUGACAUAGGGCAGACCUUCUCGUUGCCUUCCUACAGAGGUCACAAUAUUUUACACCAGCCACAGAAACAGGCCACAGCUGCUGGAUCAAAACAACCUCCUGUGGCUAGGUCUUUAUCCCUGUCUGUUAUAGAUGGUUCCUGUACAACAGAACUGGAGGCAAAAAAGUGGGGCAGAGGACAAAGAAGACAGCAAGCACUGGUGGAGUUAGAGGAGGAGUGUGACUUGUCUUCCACAGAAUUUAACCCCAAAGGUGUCCAUCUCAUUGGACAAUUUGGAAAGCAAGGUUCAGGUCGAGCUGAUCUUACCCUGCCAAGUGGUAUUUAUGCUACACCGCAGGGUCAGCUCUUUAUAGUGGACUGUGGAAAUGCACGCAUUCAGGUGACUGAUGCUCGUGGAAAUGUCCUCCAACAAGUGAGCUCUCCAACUGCUGGUGGCUCUGACAGACGGUGUAGGAACUACUUUGACAUUGCGGUCAAUGCUAAGGGUCUGAUUGCAAUAAGCUGUGCAGCAGAAAGAGCUCUUCUUGUGUUCAGCAGGCACGGCCGACUGCUCCAGACCUUUGGAGGGUCUGGGUUCGGCUCUGCAAAAGAUGAACUGGAAGCUCCCAGGGGUGUGACUGUAACCAGGCUGGAUGAAUUCCUGGUAGCUGAUAUCCGAAAAGGUACCCUCAUUGCCCUAAAGCUUGACCCCAAGACAGGCUCCCGUCUUGAACGCACAGUGGUAACUGGAUUCCACCGACCGUACUUAGUGGCAGCUUGCUUGAGCUCAGGCAUGGUGGCUGUAUCCGAGAGGGGCAAUGAAACUGGUCGUGUACCUUGCGUCAAAGUUCUGGAGCCAAGCUGGAACACAGUUAGAGUUUUGGGUGUAUGUGCAGGAAUGGGACCUGUCCUGACCUGUCCCUGGGGUAUCUGUAUAGAUACAGAUGGUAAUGUUUUGGUAGCAGAUUGGGGGGAGCAGCACAGAAUCCUUUUAUACCCAGCACAGGGAGUGGGUUGGCCCAUAAUAAACCAGGGUUUGAGUAGUCCACGUGGCCUAUCCUUGCUACCUGAUGGCCAACUUGCAGUGUCAGAUAGCAUGCAUCAUUGCAUUAAGAUAUACCAGUACAAAGCACCCCAGGACUAGAAAAAGUGUGCUGAUAUUAAGAAAAAGAACCCUAAAGUACAGCACUGUAAGCUGAUAAAUGAUGCAUUCGUGUUUGGCCCAGCUGCACCUAUAAAAAUCAAAUGUCUGCCUGGAUUUGUAGGCCAAAGGCUGCAUCCAUAAUAAAAGCAAAGACUAUGAAGCUAAGCUACAAAGAGAAAGGAAAGAAAAGCUAUCUGGUGUUGCACUAGGCAGUGAGUGUUCCUUGUGUCAUUUUUAGUUUGUUGUUGUUUAGCUGCUUUGAAGUGUUCAGGGUCAAGUAGAAUUGCUGUUUGUUUGCUGUCUGUUGUUUGUAGAUUAGAGUUCAGUCACAGUCUGCACAAUGUCUGUGUUGAUCUGUGUGCUGCUCAGUUUUCUACCAAAGCUGCUAACCCGCAGGCAUGAGCACAGGCUAGUAUUUACUCAUGCAUAAAUUUAAUAAAGCUAUCUAAUCCAGCACAAAUAUGAAUGGACUCGCAUUCAUUAACAUAAUAUUAUUGCAGUUUUAAAAAAGUAGAGAAUUUGUACUUUCUUAUCCAGUGUGGCAUUUUUAUUUUCAAGUGAUACAAAGAGAAGGGUGUCUGUGUUUCAAAUACAUCUUGUCACAAUUGGAUUCGGUGAUUCCUGCAAAUUCUACAGUUUUUCAUGCUGUCACUGAUUUUUACUGACAACGAGUUAAGCUCUGUGGCUCUUUUUCAGUCCACCCACUCCCUUCUUGCACAGCAGCAUCUGUCAGCAGUGGAACCCGACUGUCAGCCAAGUUUUCUUUUGUGAGAUGUGGCUGUUUGUAGCAGAUGUUUUAUUCGGCAGACGAUUGUCCGUUUGGGAUAGGGUAAAAGCGUGAAAUUAUUAAGAACAUUUGCAUUUGCUUUUUACAGCUGAGAGAUUUUCUUUUGCAGCACCCUGUGGACAUAUACAGGUCAGGCAUAACAUUAUGACUUCGGACUUGUUUGUCCAGCACAUCACAGAUGGGAAGAUUGGAUUGAGAUCUGGGGAAUUUAGAGGCCAAGUCAACACCUUAUCCGGUCAUCGGGUCAUCCACGUGCUGUAAAAGAAAACAUGAUUCAUCAGAUUAGGUCACCAUCUUCCAUUGCUCUGUGGUCAAGUUCUGCUCACAUGCCCAUUGUGUUAUUUUCAGUAGUGGACAUGGGUCAGCGUGGCCAUCCUGACUGGUCUGCGGCUAUGCACUGCCACACACAACAAACUGCAAUGCUCUGUGAAUUCUGACACCUUUCUAUCAGAACCAGAAUUCACUUUUUCGGCAGUUUGAGCUACAGUAACUCGUCUUUGGGUUCAGACCACAUGGGCCAGCCUUCCCUCCUCACACGUGACCCUUUCACUGAUUCACCAUUUCCUUUCCUGGACCAUUUUUGACAUAUACUGACCACUGCAGACCAGAAACACCCCAAAGAGCUGCAGUCUUGGAGAUGAUCUGACUCAGUUGUCUAGCCAUCACAGUUUGGCCCUGGUCAGUCGAAGACCCAUAUCGAUUGGAACUGAUAGCUUUAACCUAAAUAUUGUCCAAAGGCUGAGCUUGCUGGAUAGAUGUAUCUGCAAAGGAGGCAAUCUUCUGCCAACCUUACAAGUUAAAGGAAUGAAAAAUGGGUGGAGAAAUGGAAGUGUGAAUCAUUGCACCAAAACUUAAAAAUUCUAAACAGAGUUCUGUAAAAGUUGUCUCUUUAACCUCCUAAGACCCGAACUCUUCCAUGGCAUGCAUUUUUAAUUUCUCUUUGAUAUUUGGGCAUAUUGGGACCCGAUGAAUGUAAAAACAAAGAGUCACCAGAUUUUUCUUUUACCCGA